AUAUGCAGGGGGCGAGAGAGGCAGAGGCAAAAGAGGGAUUAGAGCUGCGGGACGGAGAGUGAUUGAAUGGGACAGAUCUGGAGUGGGGACUGAGGCAGACCGAGCAACAGACCGAGCAACAGCAGAGAGAGAGCUGUGAAGAAACACACCAAUAAAAAUACAUUUUUUACACUUCACAGGAUCUUCAAAGGACAACCUAUGUGUCUGUUCUCCCAUGAGUGACUGCGUGUGUGUGUGUGCGUAUGUGUGUGUGUAAUACUGUUGCCUGUAUACCAGAGACCAUCGGAAAAAAGUGAAUGUGAGUGUGUGAGGAAAGGUUUCGAGUGUGUGUGUGUGUGUGUGUGUGCGCGUGUGCGUUCACGCGUGUGUGUGUGUGUCUGUAAGAAACUGUACCUGAAUUGUGCCUUGCAGUGCAAUGCAGCACAACCUCUGAAGAGAGGAGACGCUGAAGAACAGCCACUGCCUGGAUACACUCUUGUGCUACUGCUCUCGUGUGACACCGACUCCUCAGGACCAGGGAAGAACUGAACCCCAACACUGGAAAGUACCGACGAGGACCGGAUCUUUCGACUGGUCGGCACCAUAAGCCCCCAUUUGAAGAGGUGGCUUAGACUGUAUUACAUAAGUGGACUGUACCAUUUGGAUAGCGAGGGGGUUUGUUUAUGUUUAGGAUGAGUCUGGAGCCUGUGCAGGUGAUGCUGGGGAAGUCUAUCCCCAUGGAAACAAAUGUCAUCGCCUCUGCAAAUGGAGACAGUAAAGGACCCUGGGAGGGAAAAGAUGAGUUUGACCAAGAAAACCUGGGUCUUACCACAAAACCCCAACUGGUGUCGAUUCAGAGAAGAGCCCGCAAAGUGGAGGGAGGCAUUUUCUUUCCCAAGCCAGAGAAUGCAGUGACUGUUGCGGUGUCCUCCCGGGUCUUGUUCCGAACUGAGACGGAGCAGAUGGUGUAUGUGCAGAAAGGUGUGGAGGAGUACCUACGGUACCAGGUGGAGCACGAAAAUGAGCCCUUUGCCCCCGGACCAGCCUUCUCUUUCGUCAAGGCAUUGGAGGAGGUGAAUGCUCGUCUGCGAGAGCUUUAUCCGGAGAGUGAGGAACUGUUUGACAUUGUCCUGGUGACGUACAACCACGCCGCUGUAGGGGUCAGGCUCAUUAAUACCAUCAACCAUCACAAUCUGUUCAUUGAGAGGUUUUGUAUGACAGGAGGUAGCUCACCUAUUGGAUACCUGAAGGCCUGGCACACCAACCUGUACUUAUCUGCAGAUGCUGAGAAGGUCAGGGAGGCACUUGCCGAAGGAAUUGCUGCAGCCACCAUGUUCAUGUCGGAGAAGUUGACGGAGGUGUCGCAGACACAGCUGAGAGUGGCGUUUGACGGCGAUGCUGUCCUCUUCUCUGACGAAUCAGAGCGCAUUUUUAAGACCCAGGGCCUGGACGGGUUCUUUCAGCAUGAGCGGGACAAUGAGGACGUUCUACUGGACCGCGGACCUCUGAAGGAUUUCCUGGCGUCGCUCGGCAAACUCCAGAAGAAGUUCUACGCCAAAGGCCACCGCCUGGACUGCCCCAUCCGCACCUACCUGGUGACGGCCCGCAGCGCGGCCAGCUCCGGCAUCCGAGCCCUGAAGACGCUGAGAGCCUGGGGCCUGGAGACUGACGAGGCCCUGUUUUUGGCUGGCGCACCCAAGGGCCCGAUGCUGGACAAAAUCAGGCCCCACAUCUACUUCGAUGACCAAAUGUUCCACGUGGAAGGGGCGGCGGAGAUGGGCACAGUCGCGGCUCACGUGCCGUACGGCAUCGCCCAGAAGUACCCGCACAAGAAGAGCUCCAAGGCAGGAAAGUAGGUGUUGGGGGGCGGGAGGAGUGGAUAAUGGGAGAAUCCAAGAAUGAGGAAAGAGACUAAGACAAAUGGAGGACAUUAAGAUGGAUAGAAGACGUCUAUAGAGAGUGGAGACACCAGAGCUGAAAUACGAGGCGCAGUAAUCAGGAUUGGGGGUAGAGAGGAAACUGAGCGAACGCGAAAAUGAUGAGCUGUUAGGAACAUUUCGCCUUCUCCGCCAGGGUCAUUGGAAAGAAAAACGGAAAUAUUAUUUGCAAAAGAGCUAAGUUUUGAACCAAAGUUGCUCAGUAACAACAACUAUACAGACCUUUGUAGCUUAGUUCUCAGAGCAUGCCACUUGUAAAACCGGAGUAGUUGAUUCAAUGCCCAGGACCAUCAAAACGUAAAAUAUACACAGGCAUGAAUGUAUGUCAUUCUAGAUUAAAGUUGCUGCUACAUGGCAUCUACUAUAUAACCAGUGAACCAUCACUUGUCCCAGAAACGUCAGGAGGUUGUACCAUGUUCCUCUGAAUGACCUUAGAAUGUCCACAUGUUAGAAAGAGACAUAAUGAGGUCUCACCUAAUAAAAGAGACAUACUGAGGUCUCACCUAAUAGAGACAUACUGAGGUCUCACCUAAUAAAUGACUAUUUGGUUGUUUUGAGGAAUAUGAUUGGAUCAGAUGAUUUGAAGAUUGAAGAUUUGUGUCUGUAUGGAGUUGUUUUACCUCAUCAGCUUAGAUUGGAGCAGCCAUUCUGUAAAUGUUUUUUUUAUUUAUUUGUAUCAUUAGACCUUCAGUUGGACUUCCUUGUAUUGAGAUAACCUGUAUACUAUCAGUUUUACCUCACCUUCAUUUGAACUGAGUAUCUUAUACAGUGUAUUCUUUUAUCCGUGUGGAACCGAACAUGUGAGGCUAUAUCUCAAUGACUUCUGUGAUUUCUGUCUCCAAGAUGAAGAAUGUACUAAAAUAAUAAUAGUAUCAUGGAUUCAGAACCCAUGGAAAAGACGGGUGACUGACAGUUAACGCUGUUUCGCACCAAUAGCAUUAAUACAAGCCAUUACAGUAUAUAAAAGCACAGAGAAUGCAGUCAAAGAACAAUCAUUGGCAGGCAGAAAAUACAUAUCAUUUAUAGCACAGUCUGAAAACAAUAGAUUUGAUGUAUUGUUGCAAUAUAUAUAUAGUUUUUUAUGCUGUGUUACUUUAUCUCAUGAGAAAAAUAAAAUGUUUAACAAUAAGGAUUAUUUCAAUUAAAUAGGUACAGUUCCGGAAAAGCAAGAAAAAACCUAACUAAAAAUAGUAUUUUUUCUACACCAAUCAAUGUUAAAAAUCAAAGCCAUAAAUAACAACCACAAUGUUGCUACAUCUCCGAAUAUCAGUUGGUGCCUUAGUUUAAGAAUCCUGCUAUGUGGCAUAGUAGUUCAGUCUAAAUCGUGUUGCAGUAUUUACCCAGUUGUCUCAUGAUAUCUGCCCUCACAGAUGUGUUUUCACAUGUUAGACCAUGAAUUGUGGGCGCCAGGUUACUAUGGUAAAAAUUGUAUUGCUGGGUUUGAAGAAAUCCUGGGGUAGAUGUAUGUUAAUGCAUGGGGAACAGUAUCCACUGAGGUUGAUUUUCUGUAGCACAACAGAACUUUUCUAGAAAUCCAAAUCCAGAAGCAAUGUGGACAUGCAAAUGUAAUGCUUGUGUAAUUUUGACAUUUCUGUUGAUUUACUUAUUUAAUAUUAUCAAAUUAAAGAUAUCUGCUGUCAUUUA